AUGGAGAGCCCACAUGAGCAUCAGCAGAACCUGCUGCUGUCGCGCAUCAUCGGCAAUGUUGAGAAACUGAACGAGGCCAUUGUCGUCAUGAACAAGUCUCUACAGGACAUCAAUAUUCAAAACAUGAAUGUCGAGCUGGUGGCCCAGAUGUUCAAGAACUACCAGUCCAAUGUUCUUUUCCAUCUUGAGGCGACGGACAAUCUCAAGCCUCCCUCUUGA